AUGGGGAACGCCGAGUCUGUCCCUGCAGGGUCUGCAAGCCGCCUCAGCGUCAGCCGGAGCCUGGGUAUCAGCUUCGACACAAGUCACCAGGCUCGCUCUGUGUCCAGCAGACCUUACUACACGUUGCCCAACAGCAGCCAUGGAAGGCGUUCUGUCCUCACCAUUGCAGAGCCCCCGCGUUUCCAUUCCCAAGCCAAGGGCAAGAACGUCCGUCUGGAUGCCCACUCCCGCAAGGCCACCCGGAGGAAUAGCUUCUGCAAUGGGGUCACUUUCACCAACCGGCCCAUCCACCUCUAUGAGAAGGUGCGGCUCAAGCUGGUGGCCGUGCACCAUGGGUGGAGCGGGGCACUUCGCUUUGGCUUCACCAUCCACGAUCCAUCACAGAUGAGCUCUGAUGACAUACCAAAGUAUGCCUGCCCCGACUUGGUGACUCGACCUGGAUUCUGGGCUAAAGCUUUGCCAGAGAGGUUUGCACUGAGGGACAAUAUCCUAGGAUUCUGGGUCGACCGCCAUGGGAGAGUCUUCUAUAGUAUUAACGAUGAGGAGCCAAUAUUGUUUCACUGUGGCAUUAAGGUCUCUGGGCCUCUCUGGGGCCUGAUAGAUGUCUAUGGAAUUACCCAUGAAGUGCAAAUACUAGAUAGCAUGUUUGCAGAGACCAUGACCUCCGCCCACCUCAGUGCACGAUUGAGCACUUGCCUUCCUCAGAGCAGUCACGAUUCCGCCAACUUCAAUAACAAUGAACUGGAGAACAACCAAGUGGUGGCCAAAAUUGCUAAUCUAAAUUUGAGUCGGGUGCCGGGGCUUUCGAUGGAUAACCACACAAUCCCCUGUUGCCCAAACAGGCGGCAGCGUGCCCAGGGUGUGCCUGCCUUUCUGGAUACGGAUCUGCAUUUCCACCCCACCCGCGGGCCUGAUGUUACCUUUUCUCAGGACCGCAUGGUGGCGUGCACCAAUUGGCAAGAAAGCAAUAGGACUUUGGUGUUUUCUGACCGGCCUUUGCACAUUGGUGAAAGCCUCUUUGUGGAAAUAGGACUCCUAGGGUUGCCAUAUCAUGGGGCCCUUUCGUUUGGCAUCACUUCUUGUGAUCCAGGUACUUUACGGACAAAUGAGCUCCCAGCGGAUCCGGACUUUCUCUUGGACCGCAAGGAGUACUGGGUGGUUUACCGAGCAUUCCCAGUCUUCAGCAGCGGCGACAUCCUCAGCUUGAUGGUCUUGCCAAAUGGAGAAGUGCACCAUGGGAUGAACGGAGUCAGCCGAGGGAUGCUUAUGUGCGUGGACACCUCACAGUCUCUCUGGGUGUUUUUCACAAUUCAUGGUGUAAUCAACCAGCUCAAAAUAUUAGGCACUGUCCAGUCCAGUCCUGGAACUGUCUCUCCCUCAGGAUCCCCUGGAGGCUCACAGUAUGACAGUGACUCAGAUAUGGCCUUCAGCGUGAAUAGGUCCUCGUCUGCUUCAGAGUCAUCACUAGUGACUGCUCCAAGUUCCCCUCUGAGCCCCCCCGUCUCUCCCGUCUUUCCCCCUCCAGAGGCCUCGAGCAGCCAGAAUGGGGAGUGCACUGUCUGCUUCGACAGUGAAGUGGACACUGUGAUCUACACCUGCGGACACAUGUGCCUGUGCAACACCUGUGGUCUUAAGCUGAAGAAGCAACUCAAUGCCUGCUGCCCAAUCUGCCGACGAGUCAUCAAAGAUGUGAUUAAAAUAUACCGCCCUUGA